AUGGCUCUUGACCUCUGGUCUCACCAGUUCUGCCUCGCCUGCGACAAGCAGGUCGAGUCAGACUCGGCCGCCUACUGCUCCGAGGCUUGCCGCCUCGCCGAGCUCGAGAGGACAUCGUCUCCCUCAUCGGCAGCCAGCUCCCCCGUCAGCUCCCCCGGUCUGACCUCUCCAGACCCCUGGACAGCCUACUUGGCCUCGUCUGUAUCCAGCACCAGCAACAGCAACACCAACAACUACUUCUUCCUCUCCCCCGCCUUCGACUUCUCCUCCACCACCACCACUUACGCUCAACAACCACGAACCACCUACGGCAGCGGCAACAGCAGCAACAGCAACAACCCGACAUCGACACACAAGCAGCAGCUCAUAUCUUCGAGUUCAAACAGCAGCCUGUCCAGUAUGGGAAGCACAUCGACGACCGGCGACUCCAACCAGCUUUCCAGUCAGGCUAGGCAAGAGCUCCAGGCCUACGCCGUGUCUUUCGACCACGUCCGUACCCAGAGGAGGCGUUCCUACUAA